AUGCCCGUCGCGCCGAACGGUCAGACGCUGAUGCUUCACAACACGAUGGCCAGGAGGAAGGAACCGUUCUCGCCCCGCGACUCCACCGGGAAGAAGGUGAACAUGUACGUGUGCGGGGUGACCGUGUACGACUACUCGCACAUCGGGCACGCGCGGGUCUACGUUGCCUUCGACGUCCUCUACCGGCAGCUGACCCGCAUGGGGUACGACGUCACCUACUGCCGCAACUUUACCGACGUAGACGACAAGAUCAUCAAGCGUGCAAACGAAAACGGUGAGGAAUGCGACGCCCUCGUCGACCGUUUCAUCGCCGCAUUCCACGAGGAUAUCGACGCGCUGGGAUGUUUGAGACCCACGAUCGAGCCCAGGGCGACGGACCACAUCAAGGACAUCGUCACCAUGUGCGAGCGUCUCAUUGAGAAGGGUUACGCCUACCCGGCGGAUGGUGACGUUUACUUCAGCGUGGACGCUUUACCCGAGUAUGGAUCCUUGAGCGGACGUAAGCAGGAGGAUAACCGCGCGGGUGAGAGGGUGGCCGUGGACGAUAGGAAGAAAAACCCCGCCGAUUUCGCGCUGUGGAAGGCGGCAAAGCCGGGUGAGCCGACGUGGGAUUCGCCGUGGGGCGCGGGUCGACCCGGUUGGCACAUCGAGUGCUCCGCAAUGAUCGACUCCAUCCUCGGAAAGAGCAUCGACAUCCACGGUGGAGGGCAGGAUCUGGUGUUCCCUCACCAUGAGAACGAGCUUGCGCAGAGUACGGCGUCGUGCCGGUGCUGCGCGACCGACGGGGACGAGCCGGAGGAACCGUUCGUGAGGUACUGGGUGCACAACGGUUUUGUCAAAGUUGACUCGGAGAAGAUGUCCAAGUCGCUGGGCAAUUUCUUCACCAUCCGCGAGGUGACGGAGAAAUACCAUCCCUUCGCGCUGAGGUGGAUGCUCCUCGGCACGCACUACAGGGCACCCAUCAACUACACCCAGAGGGCGCUCGAGGAGGCUUCGGACAGGCUCUACUACCUGUACCAGACCCUUGUCGACUCGAGGGUCGCUCUGACAGAGGCGGAGGCGUCGGCAACUGACGCAGAGGUCAAGGGAAAGCCCAAACCUCCCACGGGCGUGGCGGCGGAGGGCAUCGAGCUCGCUGUGGAGACCAAAGCUGCGGUGGCAUCGGCGCUCACGGAUGACCUCAAUACGCCCCUCGCGAUGGCCUCCCUGUCCUCGCCGCUCAAGACGCUGAACGAUCUUGUGUCCACGAAGAAGGGAAAGAAGGCCGUGGGAAGGAACGUUGCGCUCAGGGACCUGGUGAAGACCGUGGAAGAAACCCUCGAGGCGGUGGGACUGCCGCACGAGGGCGGUGAGGGGCUGCUGGAGGAGCUCAGGUUGCUGACUCUGGCUCGCGCCGGUCUGACUCAGGCGGAUGUCGACGAGGCUGUGGCAAAGAGGGCCGAGGCCAGGGCUGCCAAGGACUUCGCCGAGAGCGACCGAAUUAGGGACGAACUCGGCGCCAAGGGUGUGGCGCUGAUGGACGGCGGCAGCCAGGUGUGGAGACCCGCAACUGUCGUUAAUGAUACGUAGACCCUGAAAUGAGAGCCGAGCCAAGGAAAACCUC